AUGCUCUCACGUGUUGCUGCAGUGAAGGCAACCCGCACACACAACCGUCGCCGCGUGACCGGAUCCACCGGAAGGAGGAGGGAAGGAAGAGAGAGUGAGCCGCAGAGACCCAACAUGUCCCGGCCUGUGUUUGCUUCCGCGUUGCUCCUCCUUGUCGUGAUGAUGUGCGGCGGCAGUGGAGCUGCACACGCGGUGGAGAUCAAUUUGGGGGAUGCGCAGCUGCCGAAUGAGGUUGCUAUUCUUGUGCCAGAGAAGACGCUGGUGGAUUCAAAAGGUGGGAAGGGCCAAAUUACAACGAGGGAGUCAUUUGCCGCUCCUUCUCUCGUCCGUGCUGGUGGAGUGAUGACUGUGCUUGCCGAGGGUUGGAUCAGGUAUACUGGAUCGCACAAAACAUCGAGUGGGCUUGGUUCUGCCGAUAUUGUGGCGGGGUACAUCAGCGCUGCGGAGACGUGGCCAUCCAUUGUUGCUGAAGUCACCAGCAAGGAAUGGAGGGCGCACACUGUCCUUGGCGAUGGGAAUGGCGAUGAUCUUUUGGGCGUUUUGCGAAAUCCCACAUCAGUUGGAAUGGACAAUAAGGCGUUUCUACUUGUGGGAAACUGUACUAUGAAGUAUGACGCUACUAAAAAGAUUUGGCAGAAGGUUGGCUGGGAUAUUCGAAUGCUUGUGGGUGAGGCCACGCAGUCCAUAUCCAGCGGUCGGGGUGAAUGGAUCGAAUGGGCUGCACCCAUAUCACUGAUGUCACUGAUCCCCGAAAAGCUUAAAAGUGCACUGAAGGAAUUUGUGGGUGGUGGUGGCUCAGGCAUUGUGACGUACGACGGCACGAUUGUGUUUCCUCUGACAGCGAGGAAUCAAAAUGGAGACCCUGUCUCAUUGCUCAUUUACUCAAAGGAUAAAGGCAACAGCUGGGUGGUCCCAAAGGGCAUUUCUCCUGUGGACUGCUUUGACUCCCGCAUCAUCGAAUGGGAUUAUGGGACACUUCUCAUGGUUACUGACUGUUUGGAUGGCCGCAAGGUGUUUGAGUCGAAUGACAUGGGGGAAUCGUGGACUGAAGCUUUCGGGGUACUCUCAUGGCUGUCGACAGACGCGCCACCUGACCCUUACGGCAGGAGGUAUCUUUUGGGAUCCAUCAUUACUGCGAUCAUUGAGGGAAAUAAUUUAAUUCUGUACACUCAGAAGGGGAGGUACCCUCCGGGGGAGCGUGGUUUACCCAAUGCGUUCU